GCCGAGCUGGGGGCCAGGUGCUGCCAGUCUGAGCGUGACACCCUGCGGAGCAGACACAGUGCCAGCGUCACGAUGAGCUGCUCCCUGCUGACCCUCCUCAUCAUCCUCAGCCUCUUUGGGGGCUGCGCCGGCAAGCUGGCGGUGGAGACGGACGCCUCCCCGGUGCGAGCCCAGGUGGGGGAUGACGUGGUGCUGAAGUGCCAGUUCUCCGUGGCGCAGCCGCCCGUGGACCUGAGCCAGCUGGUGGUGCAGUGGUUCCACCGGGGCGGGCAGCUGGUGGAGUUCGACAACGUGGUCAGCGGGAGCCGGCCGGGCGCCAACCUGAGCGUGGAGGGGCUGCGGAGCGGCAACGCCGCGCUCUACCUCAGCAAAGUCACCCCGGAGAGCGCCGGCAACUACCGCUGCUACAUCACCUACGCGCCUGACUUGCGCAUCAAACAGGUCGUCCUUCACGUCGAGGACCCCUCGAAGCCACCGACAGAGGAGCCGGAGGCCGUGGCCCCUCACGCCUGCGCCCCUGACCCCGACCCCCUGGUGCUUAAGAAGCUGGACCAGGUGCUGAGCAUCUUGCAGCAGAUCAGCCGCAAGCUGGAGGCGGCGGGCGCUGGGGCUGGGGAGAAGGCCUGAGCCAGAACCCCGGCUCCAGGGGGCACUCAGGCUGCGUGGGGGGGGCUGAUCUUGGCGCUGCAGGGGUAUCUAUGGGGCCAGCUGGGGGGUAUGGAAAGAGCAGUGGGGGGUGUAUCAUGGAGGGAACGAGCCAGGGAGCUGCUGGAACAGGAUCGGGGCCAGGGGGUGGGGGCUGUACAUUGGGGGCGGGCAGGGGGCUUUGCUUGGUGCUGCAUGUGGGGGGAUGUAGCAGGAGGUUGUGCACUGGGGGGUGCUGCUGGGGGGGCUGUGCAUUGGGGGACAUGCUGUGGAGGGGGCUGUGCAUUGGGGGAGGGGGAGGGGGCUUUGCUUCAUGCUGCCUAUGGGGGGGGGACGUGGGAGCGGGCUGUGCAUUGGUGGGGUUCUGCGGCGGGGGCUGUGCAUUGGGGGGGGUGCUCAGAUUUAGGAUGGUUCCAUGCGGCAACACUGGGACGCAGGCUGUGAGCUGUUGUCUGAGUAAAGCAGCAGGUGAUGCUC